AUAUAGUUUCCCAAUUUCACGCAAGAGGCCCCGGUGAGUCGACUGAGAAGAAAGCAAAGAAAACAAAAAUAUCUAAAGAUGGGGAAAGCGAAGCGAUACUGGCUUCUGAAAACAGAGCCAAGCGAGUGGUCAUGGUCAGACCAAGACGCGAACGGCGGCAUCAGCAAAUGGGACGGGGUCAAGAGCAAACAAGCCCAGAAGAAUCUCAAGUCCAUGGCUUCAGGCGACCUCUGUUUCUUCUACCAUUCCGGUACGAAAUCGAGAUGCGUUGUGGGUGUGGUGGAGGUGGUUCGUGAAUGGUACGCAGAUGAUGAUGACGGAGAAGGAGUGGUUGACGUCAAAGCUGUUGGAGAGAUGAGGAGAUUUGUCGAUUUGAAGGAGAUGAAAGGAGACAAAGGGAUUAAGGAUUUUGUUUUGUUUAGACAGCCGAGGUUGUCUGUUGUUCCAGUGGAAGAUGAUGUUUGGAAAAAAAUUUGUGAACUGGGAGAUGGGUUUUGGGGAAAUGGUAAGGAAGAUCGUGAAAGUAGCGAUGAGUCUUAAAUUGGUAGUCUGUUUUUUUUGGGUAUAAUUACGGAUGGUGUUAUUGUUAUGAUGCAUGAUUAAGACUCUAGUGACGCCAUUGAUGUUCUUCUUUUGUUAACUUAAGUAUGAUUUAUGAUCAUUGAUUGCGUUGUGGUGUGACUCCA